AUCCUGGGAAUAACAAAAGAACCAAGGACUUGAAGAAGUGAAAAUAAAAAUUUCACGGUGUUCUUUCUCGCUUCGACUGAUUUUGACGAGUGUUUUGCAAGUGUUUAUUGAGUGAAAAUAGUGACGAAAACAUGAGCGCGUUCAAGAGAUAUCAAAGCAAAGUGUUCUGGGACCAAAUGGCCUCACGCGACCUGGAGAACGAUUCUGUGGGAAGAAACGAUCCUCCGCGUUACUCUUUUAACGAACGUGUGCAUGUAAAGGAGGAGGAGAAAGAAGAAGAAGAAGAAGAUUCGUCCAAAUCGGAAAAUAAUACGGUCGACGAUGCGAAUAUUACUGCGAUACACGUCUGUGACAAAAGCGACGAGAAUAUCAAACAGAACGCGUGUCGGAUUUCAUUGAUAUGCGACGAAAGUAUAACGCGUCGCAGAAUGAGUGGGACAGUAGUGGAGGAGACGGAUAAAGCGGAGGAGGAGGAGGGUGAGAUAAGAAACAGAUCCUAUAGCCCUUUGAGUCAAGAUUUCAAGAGCCAGGACUCCGGAUUCUCCGACUCCGAGAGAUCGGACUGUUCGGAGGCUUUCGAAAACGCGACUCCGCGGCGGAAGUUGAGGAGGAAACGGAUGAGACGUAGGCUCCAGUCAGCUUCUCCGUGGCGGGAAGAGGGAUCUCCCCCGAUGCCGACGCAUACGUCCACACCGAAGAAUUCCAGGGUAUUCGCGAGGAAACGUCUCGGAAAAUCCGCAAGGAGCCCAUCGCGAGAACGAAGGGCUGACGAGAAGCGGGACGACGCAUCGAAAGUACCCUCCUCCGUUUCGUUGGAGAAAGAGGGUCUGUGCGAUUUUCUGUACGCGUCCGAGCCACCGGAAGACAGCGAUCAGCCGUCAAUAACGAAAUCACGGGCUUCCACCGACGCCGCGGACGCGAUCGCCGCCGGCAGGGACGUGUUGAACUCCAGAAAUUAUCGUCAAUCGUCGUCCAUGAGGGCAUGGCUGACCGACCUCGCUACGGUGACCGAAAACGAAUGCGGCAACACGCUUCAGAGCAAGAAUCUGCCGCGCAGAGGAAUCCGAAUGAUAUCCGGCGAGGUUCACGCGCGGGAUCUGAAGAUGUUGUCUUCCGCGGCCACCGCGGCCGCGAGCAAACUUCUAGUCAGCGCGGAGCACUUCGAGCAACAUUAUCGAAGCAUCGUGGAGAAAAUAACUCGGCUGGAAGGCGGCAGAUUCGAAAUGGAGCUUCUUCGCAAUAUAGAGGAAGCCGCAUUCUCGGUCCUCUCUCAAUUAGGUGCACCUCCUCCUCGCAGGAUACAGCAGGGCAGUCUGAGGAGUAUCCUCGCGCAAUUGCAAAAUAUGAAGAUGUACGUCGACAGCACGGUCGAUACGCGCUUAGAUUUUUACAUGGAGAAAAUAGUCCGAGGUCUCGAGGAAGCUCCACGGGAGGAUAGCAGCGUGGCUAGAGGCGCUCUGGCAGCUCUGACGGCUCUGGGAUUGUCGGAUCCUCGCGCGGGAAGCAGCAUAGCUCGAUGUUCCGGCAUAAAGGCUCUCUUAACGUGUUUCGUCACCACCGGUCGAACACCGAACGAUCUCGUCGCGCUCUCGUUACGCGCUCUGGCCAGCGUGUGCAGUUCCACGACAGCGAUCGAAUACUUCGCUCGAGAAGGUGGUCCCGAAAUUCUGACGGAUUUCCUGGGCGCGGAAUCCUCUUCCGAGAAGGAGAAGACUGAAGCCACCGCCUUGGUGGUGCAAAUCACGGCGUCGUGGACCAAUGCGCGGGGUCUUCCGUAUCUCGAACCCUUUGCGGACUCGCUGAUUCCGGCGUUGAAUCAGCUGAUUGAGAGCACCAAUUGCGCGCAGACCCUGCUGCUGGCUGCUGCGGCGCUGAAUCAACUGUCCAAGUCGAGGAUAUGCACUACGAUUAUCCUGGAGGAGGACAGCGUGAGGAAGCUUCUGAGAAGCGUGAAGAAAUCUGCCGGCGGUAACGUGUGGCUCAUGGAACAGGUCGCCGCAUUAAUCGGCGAAUUGGCGCGUGUUCCCGAGGGCCGAUCGCACCUGGCGAAAGCACGAGCCUCCGUGGCGUUAGUUUCUUUUCUCCGAAUGAGACCACCGGGUCUGGAGGACGCGUAUCAACGGUUGGAGAUCACCGCGGCAGCCGCGUUAACUCGACUCUGCGUCGAGCCGGAAAUUGCGAGGCAAGUGGUCGCUGUCGGCGGCGGGGAUUGUCUGUCGGGGCCAUGCAGAAUAAAUGAGGCCCAAGUGGAUCAGAAGGAUGAACCAGAGGAGGUGCAGGCGGGAACGGGCUUGUUUAGGUACACCAGGUCGUUGAGACGAGCAUGCAAGAAGGCUGCGAAGCAAAUCGGGAUCGCGAAGGCCAAGGAUCACAGUACACUGGAUUGAGGAAAUUCUGAAAAGGGAAAAAUUUGUUGUGAUAAUUCGUACAGUACAAUAAGUGGGAUUACACACAGAAAGAAAAGACUGUAAAUACAUUUUAUAAUCGCAUACUAUAAUUAGAGUAUUUUAUUACAUUGUAAAGAAGCAAUGCGGGGAAAACAAGUGUCCUUGUUAA